AUGAAGGACGAUCAACCGGUCAAACAGAGCUACUACCCGAAGAACCCGAAGAUGCAGGUGGAGAUCAACGCCAAGGUCGACGAGUUGCUACAAAAUGGGUGCAUCGAACCGUCUAGGAGCCCAUACAGCUCUCCCAUAGUGAUAGUGAAGAAGAAGACGGGUCAAUGGCGUUUGUGUGUAGAUUUCCGCCAGAUAAACGCAAAGUCCGUGAAGGACGCGUACCCGAUGCCUAUGAUCAACUACAUUCUGGAUCAGUUAAGGGAGGCGAAAUACAUAAGCAGUCUGGAUUUGAAGGACGGGCACUGGCAGAUUCCGUUGGAAGCGGCAAGUCGGCAAUAUACGGCAUUUACGGUGCCGGGAAAGGGCCUAUUCCAGUGGAAAGUAAUGCCAUUCGGACUGCACUCCGCAUCGGCAACGUUCCAGCGGGCGUUGGACCAAGUGAUAGGACCCGAGAUGAUGCCACUCGCGUUUGCGUACCAGGACGUUUGCGUACCAGGAGAAACAUUCGAGGCCGUCAAAACCAGGUUGGUCGCCGACCCGUUCCUGGCAUGCCCCGAUUUCACAAGGACGUUCGUGCUACAGACGGACGCCAGCGACUACGGGCUGGGCGCUAUCCUCACACAGCACUCCGAGCAAGGCGAGCGGGUCAUAUCCUACUCCAGCAGAGCUCUGAACGGAGCGGAAAAGAAUUAUUCUGCAACAGAGAAGGAGUGUUCAGCGAUAGUGUGGGCUGUCAGGAAAUUAAGACCGUACCUGGAAGGCUACCACUUCAAAGUGAUAACGGAUCACAUGGCCCUGAAGUGGCUGAACAGCAUCGAGAGCCCUACCGGAAGGAUCGCGAGGUGGGCAUUGGAGCUCCAACAAUUCGACUUAAAAAUUGCAUACAGAAAGGGCCGGCUGAACAUCGUCGCGGACGCCCUGUCGCGACAGCCGCUCCAGGAAACUAGCCGCAGGCUUACGGCGAAGGAAGAAGGGCAACCGGACGAGCAGCAGGAGUGCAGGUGGGUAGAGGAGAUGCGGAGGAAAAUGAAGCAGGAUCCCCAAAAAUACCCAGACUACCUAGAGGAGGCCGGCCAACUGUAUAGGCACAUUCCGCACCGGGCAGGAAACGAGGAUGUGGUGUCAUGGAAGCUGUGUGUACCAAUCAGGGAGAGGCAGCGCGUCAUGGCCGAGAACCACGACAUGCCGACAGCAGGACACCUGGGAAGUCGGAGGACAAUGGCGAGGGUGGCAGCCAGGUACCACUGGCCAGGAAUGCACCGAACACGCAACGACGAGGAAAACAAAAACGGCUCAUAUUAG